CGUAACCGGUUCAUCAAGACUGCAAAGAACUUGCGGAGACUCAUUGAGCUGAUUACAAUCAGCACCUACUCAACAAGGAAUACUUGACCUUAUGACUUGUAUUACAGAUCAGUGAAUUUAUCCUAACGCCAUCACUGAGAACCACGUCUGAGAUCCGGUUUGUGAAGUUAUGCUGCUCUGGCUGUAAAAUAAGCUUGGCUACGUGUAAUUUGGAGUGACAAUGGCUGAUAGGAAAACCAAUAAUGUGCCAAAUUCCAGCGCAAAUUUACUGUUUUCUGCGGCACCGGAGUUCAAUUUCAACCUACCUUUCAUACCUGUCAGUCAGGCCAGUGGUCCGGCGGUGUUAUCAGGAGAUGAUUCCGCAGAUGUCGGAGAAGAAGACAGCUUUCUUGGCCAGACCUCUGGAAAUGCCCCAGCACCGUCCACAUUCAGCUACUUCUCCAGUCCCGUGAACAGCAGUGACCCAUUUGCCUCCAUUGGACAUCAGCCGGCAUGUCCACCCCCAGCAUCACUAUCAGUAGCCCCCGUGACAUCUGGACCAACCUCUGUCCCCAUUGUUGCCAGCAUGGCCCCAACACCCCCUGUCCCACUAACCAACCCUAAUGUGCCACAGCCAUUUGGUGGUGUUGUUUACCAGAACCCCAUGGGAAGGUACACUCCUCCCCCUAACACAGUGACCCCGCCCCCUCCACAAGCCCCCGAUCAGAGUUAUAAUCCGUACCGUCACACACCCCUCAGCAGCAGAGCCAAACCCUAUAUGCCAGCUCCAGAGGUCCAGUCACUAUCCAGCACAACGGUGCAGCAAAAUCCCUACACUAUGGGCUCUCAAGCGCCAACAUUCCAAUCGGCACCCUCCACAUACACAAAGCCCCCUCCCACACAGAUUCAGGGGCCCCCUAUGACCCAUCACUCCACCACUGCUGGAGCACUGGUUCCAGCCAAUCAAAUGAUGCAAUAUAACGUGUAUGAGGCUGUCCAGCCUCACUGGUUCUUCUGCAAACAAGUGGAGUCCAAGAGCGUCUGGCUUCCCUUUAGUAUCCUGGACUCCAUUCAACUGGAGGAGAUCUACAAUUCAGUGCAACCAGACCCUGAGAAUGUGAUUGUGUGCACAGAAGGAGGGCGCUAUGACGUGCAGCUCUAUGACCGCAUACGUACAGCUGUAUUCUGGGAGGAGGAACCUACAGAGGUGCGGCGCUGCACCUGGUUCUACAAGGGAGACACAGACAGCCGCUUCAUCCCCUACUCAGAGGAGUUCAGCGAGAAGCUAGAGGGAGAAUAUAAGAAAGCUGUGUCAACCAACCAAUGGCACCGUCGACUGGAGUUCCCAUCAGGGGAAACCAUUGUCAUGCACAAUCCAAAGGUGAUAGUGCAAUUCCAGCCGUCCGCCAUGCCGGACGAGUGGGGUACAACCCAGGAUGGACAGACCAGACCCAGGGUGGUCAAGAGGGGCAUUGAUGAUGACCAUGAUGAAGUUCCCGAUGGGGAGCUCCCUCAGGUGGAUCACCUGGUGUUCAUGGUGCAUGGCAUCGGUCCAGUCUGUGACCUGAGGUUUAGGAGCAUGGUGGAGUGUGUGGAUGACUUCCGGAGUGUUUCCCUGAAGCUGCUGCAGAGUCAUUUUAAGAAGGCGCAGGACGAGCGUGUCAUCAGUCGAGUGGAGUUCCUUCCUGUUCAGUGGCACACGGCCCUGCAUGGGGACGCCACAGGYGUGGACAGGAGGAUAAAGAAGAUCACCCUGCCCAGCACGGGUCGUCUGCGUCACUUCACUAACGAGACCCUCUUAGACGUGCUGUUCUACAACAGUCCUACCUACUGCCAGACCAUCAUGGACACAGUUGCCCUGGAGAUUAACAGGAUCUAUGCCCUGUUCAUGCAGCGGAAUCCAGACUUUACAGGAGGCGUCUCAGUAUCCGGACACAGCUUAGGUUCCCUCAUACUUUUCGACUUGCUGUCAAACCAGAAGAAUGUCUCACCUUUGCAAACCAUGUCACCUGCAAAUGGGAGCCACCCUGCAGGCAACAAACAGGUGGCUCACCCCGCUGCUGCUACCCCACCUGCUGCUGUAGGGGAGGAGCCUAAGGAGGAAGGGGAGGAGUUUGCCGAUCUUUCUGCAUCCCUGGAACAUCUGGGCCUGUCUGAGUACCAGAGCACUUUAGAACAGGAGAAGAUUGACCUUGAAUCUUUUCUUAUGUGCACAGUUGAGGACCUGAAAGAGAUGGGCAUUCCAUUGGGGCCAAGGAAGAAAAUUGCUAAAUUUGUCAAAGAAAGAGCAAUUAAGCAGGCAGCACAAGAUAAGAAGGCACCAAAGUGA